GAACUUUAUGGUUCAGCGCUCACUCAACUGUUUUUGUUGUUAAUACAUUUAUUGUUAAGAUGGCAACUCUUGUUGAUGCAAUACAGAGGAAACAGGAAAAGUUGACAGAAAGUCACAUUUUAGUUGGCCACAUCCAAAAGACAUGUAAUCGUGACGGAUCGAAUAUUCUAUUUCCUACUCGGACAUUAACAAUGGACUCUCAAGAUAUAAAGAGCAUUGGUUGCAAGGAUGAAUUGCUAAAAGCAGCUGAAAAUGUUAGGGAGUUAGAUUUGGCUUGUAAUCGGCUGUCUUCAUUUGAAGAGGUAUUUAAAAUUCUAUGUUGGCUUGAGAAACUUGAAUCAUUAAAUUUAAGUCAAAACCCACUAGGUUGUCAUAUCUCUGAUAACCAAUCUUCCAAUUCAUCUUUUGAUGAAGAUACUAUUGGUUUAUUAUCUACUGAAGGAGAAGAAAAUAUUCAACCUAUGAAUAGCUCUGAAUUAUCUAUACGGGAUCAAAAUUAUUUUUAUUUUAACAAACUGUCAUCUUCAUCCAAGUCGAAUAAAAUACUUCAGUCUAAACAUAAUGAAAUUGAUUUCUCACCAAUUUUUCACAAUGAAUCCAUGAAUGAUUCAAUAGAAAAAAUUAAGUCGACUAACCAUCCAAAUGAUGGUGUUGGUAGUAAUGGUAAUCUCAAACAAACAAGAGGAAAUGAACCAUCUAACAUGAAAACGCUACCAAAGCAUCCUUCAGCUCCAUCUGAAUUGGCUUUAAAUUCCGGUAUUAUAUCUCCUACCACAGUGUUUCCUUGUUUAAGUGUACUCGCAUUGAAUUCGACGUAUGUACCAUGGGAUUGGGUGAUUGAUCUGCUUUAUCGACUACCAAACUUAACCGAUUUACACGUUGCACGUAAUAAUUAUGGAGCAGAAGAGCAGACUGAAGUAUCUUCUGAUCAUAAUGAUGAUAAUGAUGCCACACCAUUACCCGUAUUUCCUCAUUUACACAGUUUAUAUUAUAGCGAUAAUGGCAUAUCGAAUUGGUGGACAAUAUGUCGUUUGUGUAAACAUUUCCCUGGAUUGGAACAAUUGAUUUUAUUAGGUAAUCCUAUUGAACAUAUACCAUUUCCGCAAGAGAAUUUACAUACAUCUCAGCAUACUACAACAACAACAACUACUACUACUAAUAGUAAUAAUAACAAUAAUAAUAAUACUGAUAAUAAUACAUCAAGAAAUACUUGUUAUCAGCAUCAGUGCUUAUUUCAAAAUGUACAUACAUUAGGUUUAUCAGAAACACUAAUCAAUCAAUGGGAAAGUAUUGAUGCUUUGAAUGAAUGGAUGCCUAGUUUAACCAAUUUACGAUUAGGCAAUACUUUACCUGUAUUUCAGUCUUGGAUAGAACCUGAUUGUCGAGCUCAUGUAAUUGCCAGAUUACCAAAACUUACUACAUACAAUCGAAGUGUCAUUGAUUCAGAGGAACGUGAAAGUGCUGAACGAGAAUUUGUUCGAUAUUAUGGUCAAAUUGAUCCAGAUAAACGUCCUAAUCGGCUAAUACACCUUUAGAUAACUAAUUCACUGAGUGAGAAUUAUUAACUUAUUAUGUAAAAUAUCAACGACCAAUAACUUUCGUAUACUUCCUAUAAUAAUAAUCAUGUGCAUUCACCAAUAACUAAUUUCCAAGAAGAAUUCCCGGAGUUCUAGUGAGGAGCGGUGACUAGUGGAGUUCAACUAUACCGAGUGAGUGAGGCAGUUACUCACCGCAGAGAAUGAGAGAUGGUCUCACAAUAUCCCGGGUUAAUCGAAAUUAGAUAUGUAAACAGCAGGAUCCCAACUCAAUGGUCUUAAGUGUAAACGCUGUUCAUGAAACUCGGAAGACCUAGGUUCGAUCCCCUAACGGGUCGGGAAUGAACAUUGCUGAGGAGUCCCGUGUUAGGAUGAAACAACCUUAAGUAGUUGUCUAAUUAACAUCAACCCAUCAUGUAAGCGAUAAAAUUCAUCAAUCUCUACAAAUCGUCUAUAGUAUAUCUUUAAAAAAGUUAUUCAUUGAAAAAAUGUAUAACUUCAUUCAUACUAAAGAAUUUAUUUAACUACCCAACUUAAAUUUUUCUUAUUGUUUUCCUUCAUUCUAUUGUCUUCUCCUUUGCGAAUAACUUAUAGGUAGUUGAUUUAAUGAUUAAUUUAAUUUUUCCGUAAUCUAUAACUUAAUUUUAGUUAUUGGGCUCUAGAACGUCGACACGGUCGACUUCAACCAUUAGCUAACAUUGAUUUAUCUCCAAAACAGCAUAUUCAUGUACGUGUCACAAUGUCAGGGAAAGAAGUUUGGUAUAAUAUAAAUGUCAACUUAAAAGUAUCACAAGCUAAACGUCAUUUCUGUAAUUUAUUCAAUAUUACUAAUCAACAUGAAAUUAAACAUUUGAAAUUAUUUUAUUUUGAUCAAGUUAUGUCACAAAUUCAAGGUCCAGAAGAAUUAAAAUAUCCAAAUCGUAAUUUAUAUUCAUAUCAAAUAGAGACUGGUGAUUUAUUCGAAUUAGUACGAUAUCCGGAUUCUUGAUAAUAGAAAAUAGAACUUUUACAAAAGUACAAUAUGAUAUGAAUGUUUGUGUGUGUGUAUGUAUGUAUGUAUGUAUGUAUGUAUGUAUGUAAUUUGUUAGUCCUUUCUCUUUUUUUUGUGCAACACGCCUGUUUGUAUAAUAGUCGUUGAUCUGUUUGUUUUCAUUGUCAUCGAUUUCCCCUUCCCCUCCUCUCUCUCUCUCUCUUACUCGUCAGUUUUCUUCUUUCCCCCAUUUGUCAUAUUUACUCCCCAUUCACAAUAUAAUAGUGUAUAUUCAUCCGUUCAUUCAUUCAUUUGAUCUUAUUAAUUGUGAAAUAGUGGUUUAUUGAUUAAGGUGUUCCACCUUCAAUCUUGUUCAUUUUUAUUCAUUUCCAUUGGAGCAGCUGAAUUGUAUCAUCGUUAUCAUCAUUUUGAAUCCCUUUAUCUAUUGAAUAAGGUUAUCGGUUAAAGUCUUAAGUACUUGAUUAGUGACUUACAUUGUCUGUCUAUGUCUAUUUGUGAAUGUAUGUGUAAAUAUGUACUACAUUAUAAUUGUUCUCUUAUUACCUUUUAUUUAUUCAUUCAUACAAGAUGUGAUAGACUCCAAGUUUUUUUCUUCAAUUCUAUUGAUUAGUUAGUAUUUUUGACAAAUCAAUCAUGAUCAUUUUCGAUCAUUUUGCUUUUAAGGUAUAAUGUUAUGCAUACAUACUCAGUGUAUAUGUGUGUGUGUAUGUGCUCUUCUGGCAGUUUUGUGAUUUUUAUUUUCCUGUUUUCUUUUGUUUGUUUUUGAGUUUAUCUUUCUUUUUUUUCGUGUUAUUUAUUUGUUUGUUUAUUUCCAUACAUCUUAAUUCCUUGAUGAAUAUAAAUAAAGCGCUAAGAACAAGACAUCCAAAAUAAAAUGAAUUCAUCAUUAUA